AUGACAUCUUCGAUUACACUUUGUAUACCAUCGUCAUGUAUUUCACGCCGCAGCUGUAAAAACUUGGAACAAGCUACGUUCACUGCCUAUCAAAUUGCCAGAGCAGCUUGUACUUACAAUGUUGGCGAGAUAGUGAUUCUUGAUGUGCCAGAAAACAUAGAACCUGAGGAAUCGAAGAAGAUCACAUUUGAGGAGAAGAGUACUACCGCAAGUGACUCAUCUCGGCUUCUUGCUGCUCUACUUCAGUUCUUUACGACCCCUUCGUAUCUUGUGAAAACCAUGUUUCAAGCAUCCGUUACAGAAUACUUCAAGAUAGCCAAGAAAUUGCCCAAGAUUCCCAACCUUCCAUAUAUGCAAAAUGAAGCCGCUUCUUGCUUCAGAGAAGGAAUCUCGAUUCCAAGAAAGUCAAUAGUGAAGAAAAAUGCCGAAGGCAAGGUGGUGAAAAAGAAAAAGCCCGCCACUACCAAGUACGUCCAAACAGGAGAGCGCGAGAUGCUGGAGCUCGAGAAGGAAAUACCUAUCAAUACAAGAGUUACCGUGAAUACAAAGACCAAAAGAGUGGUGUCCCCAGACGAGGCUUAUGGGAAAGCAGGCGCCUUGAAAACUUUCGGCUAUCACGUUCGAGUGGCUACCAAGUUUAGUAGCCUAUUCACUGAGCCAGGAUACACCGAAGGAUAUGAUCGGUGCAUUUACGCGAGUAGCGGCGACUAUUUUUCUAAUGAACAGCCUGUAACUGGACUUCCAAGCUACAAGAAAGAAACGGACAAAAGACUUUUGCUGGUUGUGGCCAAAUGGAACGACAUUCAAAAAGCAUUCAAAUUUGAAACCAUUGAAGGGGUCACCGAGGCCACACAAAUGAUGGACUGUAUAUUGGAAAUACCACUGGGCACAAGAAUUGAGGACGGAGUUCUUAUUUCGCUUGCAAAACUAUAA